AACAAUCAAUGAAUUUUCUAAAACAAAUAACGCGGUUUUGAAAAUCUUUCGUCAAUUCCACAAACCCUAUAAAAUCUCAAAUUCUCCUUCAAUCACCCGUCCCCAAAUUUUUUUUUUAAAACACCUUAAAAUUCAAAACAAAAAUGGCUUCCAUCUACUGCUGCAAAGAAUGCGGAACCAACCUUAACCUACGAUCAACUUAUUUAUUCCCUCCAGAUUUCUAUUUCGAAGCGGGAAACAAAGGUACCCUUUCUUUCGCCAUGAUCGAUGCUACCAAGUUCAAUUUCGAGAAAGAAGAUAAGUUUAGGCCUUUUUUUGAGACUCUUGAUUAUUGGGGGAUUCAACGGAAUAGGAUCAAGAUGAAGUGUACAAGCUGUGGGAAACUUGUGGGUUAUGUUUAUGAUGAUGGUCCUCCAUUAACGGAGAGUGCCGGUCAAUUUCAUAUGGGACCUAGUCAAGUGAUACCUAGAUGUCCUAGAUAUCGGUUCAAGAUCAAAGCACUUACGAUCUCAUCUGAAACUUGAGGAAAUUAAAGAAAUUGAAUAAUUUCUUUUCUGGGUUUUUGUGUGGUUGGUUUGAAUUUGGGUUUUUUUUUUUUUUGGGGGGGGGUUGUUUUACGUGUAUAUCUGUGAUGAUAUUGUGAAUCAAGUAACACUAGCAAUUGAAUUGAAUUAUACUUAUUAAGAACUUUUGUUUCUGUUAAAUGAAUAGAAGAAGAUUACUUAA